UUGAUUAAACGACACACUCAUUGCCCGCAUGGUCAGAUCACUAGCGCAGCCCGCAUGGCCCACCACCGCUCAUCCUCUCUCAAUUCUUAUCCCGUACAUGAGCCUCUCCUUGUGCGCCCCCUCGCAACCACUCGUUUCCCUUAAUCUUAUCCAGUCUAGCCCAUCGUCACCUACCUCUUGCUGGCAUCCCCUUCCGCCAUGGAUGAGCUCAAUCUUCCCAUCUCUAAUCAAACGUGAGCCAUCCGUUCCCCUGCCUCGUCAAGUGCGAGAUCCCAUCCACAUCACCCAUCUCCCAUCCUUCCUUGUGUUUUGUUCCUCAUCUGCUGCAUCAUGGAGCGAUGUGAGGCGGACCGGGCACCGACGCACGGGGCCGAGCAGCGAGGCUUUACAGGGGAGCCGGAGCUGCAACGGGGAAGGCUCGGUGCUGCAAUCAUCAAACGGAGAUGCCGGAACCAGCCAUUGCGCAAGAUACAAUGAUGGCGUGAAAAGCUACAAUGGUUGUCGGAUUUUGCUGGAAUCGGCCAUGCGCAUAGCUAUGCCGCCGCCGAAAGCUGCAUACGUUGUCGGAGAUGCUGGAACCAGUGUUAUGCGGAGCUGCAACAGAUUGUGGGGAACCUACUAUCCAAAGAAACAGGCCUAGAGACUCAACUGAUGACAUUCUUUUAGUGGACUUCAAACCAUAGGAAUCAACAAGCACACUAUGCAAUUUUUCAAACACUGGUCUGUGCAUUCUAAACAUGUUGUAACAAGCAGUUUCGUUGCCUAGUGUUGUCAUAACCCAAUCAUGCCCAGACUGUAUUGGUACUCUUCUAGGUCCUUUGUUACCGUAAGAGUCCAAGUAGUACAUACCAAUCAUGCAGGCCAUCUGCAUCAUUCUUCUCUUCCUUUUUUGGUCCAUGAACAACAUCAGGGCUUCAUCAUCACUGCUGCUCCCACCAUCACUGUUGAUUCCAUUAACACUGCUUUCAUCAUCCUGAAACAUGCAAACAUUAGUACAACUUCUUCAUUAUGCACCACCUCGUCAACUUGAAAACAUUAGUACAUGCAAAUGAAACAUACUAACACGCAUUCAUCAUUUAACAAGGUCACAUAGCACAGGUCCAUUACAUAGGUAUAUUAUUAAAAUGACAAUCAAGAUAACUACUACAUUAGUACAACUUCUUCAUCUGGCACCACCUCUUCAACCAAGUCAGUCUAGCAUCAUCACUUGAAAUGUUCUCAAAUAUGACUCUGUUUGCCUCAUCUGCAAACAGUUGAGUUGCCAUGAAGUACUCAACACUUGUUUCUUCUGCACCACAUUUAACUACCAACAUUUGACAAUGAGUAAUGGAUUCCUUAGUGCUGUUUGAUUUCUUCUCCUUUGCCUUGUCCUUUGCUUCCUGCCUUUUGUUUGCAUAUUUAGUGAUCAUGUCAGAAGUGUUCUCACUAUUCAUAGUAUUGAUGAGCCCUGUCAUUAGUUUCACCAUUGGGCUCUUGUGUUUCUUUCCUGGGCUUGAAGCUGUCUGUUCACCGCCGCUGCUUCCCCUCUUCUUGAUGGUGGUGCUCAUUGAUGAAGUCAUGUACCUAGGGUAGGGUCAUGGGCCUGUCCAGAGGACCCUCCCCAAGGACAUCUUCAGAAGAAACAGCGUUCCAGUCGACCAAGAGGGAUUCCACUCGACGGACUCGAAGGCAUUCGACCAUGAAGACUCACUCGACCACCAGGAGGUUAAGAGUCACUCUGUAUCUAAACGGUCUGUAAUUAAGUAGUCUUUAUUACCAUGAUGACACUUUAU